AUGGACUAUAUCAACCGCCACCUCCAGCACAAAAGAAUAAAUCUUUUUAGGGGACUAUCUCGGGUUAUACUCUCUUUAAGCCGAGUACCGCUUCCCAAGAUAGGAUCAUGGACGCUUGACUCAGAUGGCGUCUUGCAACUUUCUAAUCGCCUAUUAACACUUCGACUUCAUCAGUUAGAAAAUAAACAAAUCCCAACCAAUAUCAGUCAGCAUCAAACCUAUCAAACAACCAAUACUUACUAUCUUAAUCAAUUAUCUUAUCAUGACAGCCGCAUACAACACCAACCAAACUUACUGAUCGAUGAGGAGGAUGGCAAGGAUUAA